GGGUCCGGACGCGGGUGGCGGCGGUGGCGGCUUUCUGCACGGGCGGAGGCGGCAGCGAGGAGCGGCGAGCAUGGCCCGCGCGGCGCCCAGCGCUGACUGAGGGUCAUGCUGCAGCAGCCUGGCGCCUGACAAGUGAGGGGAACCUGCCAGGGGAUUACUGUGAGCACGAGCCAAGAGCCAACAGCGGGACAGACUGGCCCCCGGGGGAGCAGGGAUGAGCAGAGAAGCCACCAAGUCUAGGCUGGCAGCUUCAGAAAGGAAGCCUGGGCCGUGUGGGAGAGCUCCUGGCACGCUCUGCUGACCCACACAGCUCAGAUGCAGCAUCCUGCUGAGCAGCAGCUGUUCUCAGCCCCACCAGAGCCCAGAGCCGCCACUUUGUGACCCUCCCCACACACACACCUGCAGCCAGGGCUGUGACCACCAGGAGGAGGAACCCGGCCGGCUGGAUGGGAAGCGGUGGAGCCGAAGCUAACCGGAGAAGGAUAUUGUUCUCUGCAGAGGAGUGUCACCCUACCCUUGGGAGGAGCUUCCUGGUUUUCUGCUCUGGGGGCCUGGCCACCCUUCCUUGGGAAAGGAGCUCAGUCAAGAGGGCCAGCCAUAGGGGGGAGGGCUCUGGCGUGGAAUGCAGGUCCCCGAAGCCUGCAUGCUCUCUGUGGUGAGCAGAGGGCCAGAGCUUCCCCGCUGCGGGGGACCAGGGGCCGCUUCCUUGUCUGCUCAUGAGCCACAAGGACCCCGACUGCUCCGGACUGGACCUUCUCAAGCCACCAAAGAAGGGGUCCCUCAGAGCUGGCAGUCAGCCAUCACAAGGGACUAGAGGGCUGGGAUGGACUGACGUUUGCCUGGCCAGGCUGGCAGGAGACGCAGAGUCUUUGUGGCCCAGCUAGUGACAGAGAGACCUGAUGCAGCCCUGAGCGGCGGGGGUGCCCAAGUGGCUCAGGGACAGGGGAGCCACUGCUGCCAGCCCACCAGCUCCUUUCCCUGGGGGGAAGGUGUGGCGAGGGUCCCCUGCCGCAGCACGUGCCCCUAUGCCCUUUGCACGCGCUGCCGGAACAGACAGGCUGCACCGUGGCUGCCCCUUCAGCAGACUGGGAAAGGAUUGGCCACGGUGACAGUGGCCCACGCGCCGGCACCAUGAAGUGCUCCCUGCGUGUGUGGUUCCUCUCCGUGGCCUUCCUGCUGGUGUUCAUCAUGUCGCUGCUCUUCACCUACUCACACCACAGCAUGGCCACCUUGCCCUAUCUGGACUCGGGGGCCCUGGAUGGGACACACCGGGUGAAGCUGGUGCCCAGCUAUACCGGCCUACAGCAGCACGGUGGCAAAGAGGAACUGGGGGGCAAGAGCUGCGCCUGCCGACGCUGCAUGAGCGACGCUGGCGCCUCUGACUGGUUCGACAGCCACUUCGACGGUAACAUCUCGCCCGUCUGGACCCGAGAGAACAUGGAUCUCCCUCCGGAUGUUCAGAGGUGGUGGAUGAUGUUGCAACCCCAGUUCAAGUCACACAACACCAACGAGGUGCUGGAGAAGCUGUUUCAGAUUGUGCCAGGCGAGAACCCCUACCGCCUCCGGGACCCCCACCAGUGCCGGCGCUGUGCUGUGGUGGGGAACUCGGGCAACCUGCGAGGCUCUGGCUAUGGGCAGGAAGUGGAUGGGCACAACUUCAUCAUGAGGAUGAAUCAGGCACCAACCGUGGGCUUUGAACAGGAUGUUGGCAGCCGUACCACCCACCAUUUCAUGUACCCUGAGAGUGCCAAGAACUUGCCUGCCAAUGUCAGCUUCGUGUUGGUGCCCUUCAAGGCCCUGGACCUCCUGUGGAUUGCCAGCGCCCUGUCAACAGGGCAGAUCCGAUUCACCUAUGCCCCAGUGAAGUCCUUCCUUCGAGUGGACAAAGAAAAGGUCCAGAUCUACAACCCAGCCUUCUUCAAGUAUAUCCAUGACAGGUGGACAGAGCAUCAUGGGCGGUACCCUUCCACAGGGAUGCUGGUGCUCUUCUUUGCCCUUCAUGUGUGUGAUGAGGUGAACGUAUACGGGUUCGGAGCCGACAGCCGAGGCAAUUGGCACCACUACUGGGAGAACAACCGGUAUGCGGGCGAGUUCCGGAAGACCGGCGUGCACGACGCGGACUUCGAGGCCCACAUCAUCGACAUGCUAGCCAAGGCCAGCAAGAUCGAGGUCUACCGAGGCAACUGAGUCUGGCCCGGCUUACCACCCUACCCGCCCAAGCCGCGAGGCGCAGGGCGCGCUCCGGCUCUGCGCGUCACCAGGCAAUCAGGAGCGACGCCCCAGGCCGCGGUCGGGACCAAUCAUGCUGCAGUCCUGAGCGCGCCUGCUGUUGCCCACCAAUCAGGAGACUCUGUGAGGGGGAGGGGAAACCCCUCGGGCCCUGCACCAAUCAG